CGCACUACUCAUCAUCACAGUAAUUCUUCCCUUUUGAUACAAAAAUGGGAACUGAGCUCAUCUCAAUUAUCAACACUAAGUAUUGCAAACCUGCUCCUAUCAAUAUAAAGAUUGAAACUGACAAGGGUGUCGCAUACAUCAACAACGAAGUCAUUUUUCGUAUUCAUGAACCUUCUUUCUCACUCGAGGACCGUCGUGUUAUAUACGAUGUUUCUGGAAACCCUGUUUUCACUCUAUCAAAGAAGAUAAUAUCGAUGCAUGAUAGAUGGAGAGUUUUCAAAGGCCAAAGCACAAAUUCCAGUGAUUUGCUGUUUUCAGCGAAGCGAUCAACGUUUUUAAUCCCAGAAAAGAAGAAUAUUGAUCUUAAUGUGUAUCUGGCUAAAAAUACCAAAGAAAGCGUGUGGGACUUUAAGGUUUGCGCUGGUGCUGAGAAAAGGUCUUGCGAUAUUUGUGCUCAUGGAUCGUCUACCCUUCUUGCCAAGAUGACGAAGAAUAAAGAGGCCUUCGAGGUAGAGGUUCAACCAAACGUGGAUUAUGGCUUCAUAGUUGCACUGCUUACCAUUGUUGAUGAGAUCAAACACACUGAGUCUUCGUCUACCAAUUAUAAUGAUGAAGUCAAGGUUGCGGAAGCAGCUCUGAAUACCAUAUCUGUGGGUGCAAACACUUAUAAUAAUAACAACGUAGUAACUACUUUAGAUGAUGACACAAAUGGAGAGAGUGAUGACUGGUGAUUGGUGAGCCUCUUCUGUUCCAGGGUUUGUGUUUUGGGAGAUUUUCAUGGCGACGGCCCUCUAGUUAGUUGUGGCAAGGUUUUCUUUCCUCUAUGUAUUUUUAGAUCUUUGUGUUUGACAUGUGAAACUAUAUGUUUGUUUUUACUUUUAGUGUUUUUUAGAAUUUUGUGAAUAAUAAUAAAUAAACAUAACAAAAAUAUUUUUACCGUUUUUAUUUUAUUCACAAAAUUUUUGAAGUAAUAAAUACUAAAAAUAAAAAUAAUAAAUAUUUUCACAUAAGGAUCAAGGUGCAGCAUCCAUUGCAUGGUUCGCUGAUCAUCUCUUGUAUAGUUGUAUUAUAUUGUAUUAUUUUUAUAUGUUGUAUUUUUUCGUGUGUGUAGAAAAUUCUAAUAAGCACUACCCCAAGUGCAUGUAAUAAGG